AUGGCACAGAAAACUGGUCAGAGUGUCCAGAUGGGAAGUUCUGUUCAGUUUUCAGACAACUGCACCAGAAGAAGGGAACAAGCUAGCGACUUCACUCAGAGACAGCAGUCAGCCUGCUCAGGGGGAAUUGUCAAGGUCACAUCUUUUGCCUCCACCAUCAACCCCAACAUCGUCGCCUCCAUGUUGAAGGUGGCAAAAAAGUGCUUGGUCACUGAGGAUGCUGAAAAGCUGGACAAAGACUUUUGUGCGAUCCAAACCAAGCUGAACAGCAUCUACCAGGUCAAUCAGCAGACCCUGAAGCAAAUACACCUUGACGAAGUCAAUGAGACCUGCAGCAAGUAUGCCGAACACAUAAACCACCAAUACAACGCUCUCAACACUAUGAUGGAACAGGUAAAGAAGGAUCCGGAAUGUUCCCAGGACUACAUGAAGGAGUUCCAAAUAGUCUACGAGGGGGACAAGAGUGAAAUGAGUCUGAACGUCUUCUACUCUGGCGUUUUAGGGAAAAACACUUUUGCGUCAAGGCCACUGCUCGAGGUUUACUUUGAGCACUGCAAUGGAAACCAAAGCAUCAUGAAAUCAAAAUGCUUCUUCCUGGCCAAUCUCUUUCAUACUGGAAUGAUAACUCUGAUGGCAUACACAAUCAUAACCGAGGAUGAUGAGGAUCAUGUUAUGGAGAGAUGGUUGCCUAGAGUAGCAGAGAUCCAGGCAAAGAUGGAGGAAGUUCUGGAACGAUGUGAUGGGAACUGAUUAUUACCUUGCACCACCAAACCUUUGUGAAUGCAGGGUUUUAAAGCCUUUAAUAAAGCAAACAUUUUGUGGUUACAAUAUGACAAAAGCAAAUGUCACAACCAUCUUUAUUUACAUCCAUGUAGCCCAGUGUAGCCUAUAUCCACAAAUUCUUUGGAA